GUGGGAUUCUCUCGACCUCCGCUGGCCCUCUUGUCUUUCCCGCCAUGUCGUUCGUGGAGAGCGGCAGGCGCUCGGCUGGUCUGCGCCGACGUCUCGACACCCCUGUCACGUUUUCCCGGCCUCCGUUUUCCGCCUUCGCUCAGGGGGAUAGUUGGGGUGAGGGUGAAGUGGACGAGGAGGACGGAUGCGACCAAGUGGCCCGUGAUCUGCGGGCGGAGUUCUCGGCCGGGGCGUCGUCGGAGCCUAGAAAGGGCUCUCUGUUCCAGCGGGACGGGGACGGGUCUCCAGUUCUCCCCGAUAAACGCAAUGGCAUUUUCUCGGUGGUUGCGGGCGGCCGAGCCCAAGCUCGGCGGUGGCCGGUCCAGGUCCUCUCAAUUCUUUGUUCGCUGCUGUUCGCCAUCCUCCUCGCCUUCCUCCUCGCCAUCGCCUACCUGAUCGUAAAAGAGUUACAUGCUGAGAAUUUAAAGACUGAAGAGGACAUAGACACUGGGCUACUAGGAUUCUGGACUCUACUUAUAAUAUCUCUAUCUGCUGGAUUCUCCUGCUGUAGCUUUUCUUGGACAGUGACUUAUUUUGACUCUUUUGAACCAGGAAUGUUUCCUCCUACUCCUCUUUCACCUGCCAAGUUCAAGAAACUGACUGGACAUUCUUUCCACAUGGGCUAUAGCAUGGCAAUUUUGAAUGGCAUUGUUGCUGCUCUUACUGUAGCAUGGUGCCUCAUGUAAACCCACACUGAAGCAAUAUUUUUGGCAAAACUUAGUCAUGAUUGCUUUGUAAUAACAGGGAAGAACAUCAUUUCAUCAUUUGUCUACUCAGAAGACCAAGAAACCUGCUGUUAUGUGGUUCAGAUAUGUCAUACCAUCAUCAUUAUGGAGGACCUUCUUUUUUUUUGUAAAUGGAGGACCUUCGUAAGCACCAUUCUAGAACUUAGACAUUGAGAAUAUCUGAGUAUUAAGUUUCAAGUAAUUUCUCAAAAAUGUAAGAUGUUUACCUCGUC